UGUCUAUAUUACUAUAUAUACAGUAUCUGCACGUGACUCAGCCCUGGAAGAAUGACAGAUAACAAGAACAAUACUAGUGACAUAAAAUAUAGGAAUAGAGUGCACAAGACUAGUGGCUAAAAAUUUGUAAGCAGUUCUAGAUAGAAAAGCUUCUGUGGCAUCAUACAGAAACAGGCAUUUAAAUAUUUGUUCCUACAAUUUCCAAACCUCUUGUAAUUUGAGGAAUAGUUAAAACCAUUGGAAUGUUGAUAUGAAUGAGAAUGCGUAGGGAUCUAGAAGAUUAGAUCCACGUCAGACUUCUGUUUUAUUCAGAGGUUUGGCUUCCUGCCCUCUCUUCAGGCAAUAAAUUGGCGGUAACAGCUGCUUCUAGCAUUCUGUUCAGUAGAAGUAUCCUUGCAGAGCAAAAACACACAAAAUAAGGACUCAAAACAGAAGUCAAGUGAGAUCAUCAACAUCUUCAGCACCUCUGCAAUGCUGCUCCGCUCAGGCCGUAGAAAGCCUUGUCAAAUGCCUCUCCAUAGAAGGCAGACUGUGAAGAAGAAAUUUCUGCUUAGAAAUACAAGAACAGCUCCUGGGAAGACAGUGUUUAGUCUGCGGAAAACAUCGAAAUGUUUUAUACUAACUGAAGAUUCAAAAACAGUGCAUUUUGAUAUAGAUGAGGAUGGUCAUCAUGAAAUAUCUACCAAGGAUUCACAAUCCCAUGAAGAUAUUGCGUGGUUAAGUGUGUUCACAACGAAUGGAGCAGCAGUUACUGAUAAACGUCUUGUGGGAAAAAAAGAUUCUAAAAAUUUGGUGAGCCUUACACAGAGAUCAAAGCUUAAUGAAUUUGUCCUGUUGUGCAAGGGUAAGAAGCAUCUCUCUCUAAAGGUUUUAAAAGCAUCCUGUUCAGAGCCAGAUGGUCCUUCACUGGAGAGAUGUAAUAUGAAAACAUGCAGCCAUGAAGAUCCUGACUUUAAACAGCUGAGUGAAGAUAAUAACUUUUUCAUCAUGCAUUACCAAGGAGAUUCAGUGCAGUUCCAAUGCUAUGAAGAUAGAAGUUACUAUCUGUGUGUGAAUGAUGACUCACUUGAUAUUCGCAAGCUGGAAAACAAAGCGCCCAAUGAGGACAAAAAUUUUUACUUCAGGGUGUCAUAUUUACAGGAAAAGUAACUUGUCUGCCUUUCAGUGGCCUAAGUGUCCAUACAGCUCCUAAGAAGAUGAGGAAGUUUGAGAUCAACUAAUUUCUGUUUGAGCUAAAUUUUUACAUUGUCUUAAUUUCUAAGUCACCAACGUUCUUUAUUUCUGUACAUUCAAUAGCAAAAGAGGAAGGCCCAGUUUGAAAAACUUGAUACUAACUGAUCAGUCUCUGUGUCUUACCUACCAAUUACGUUUUUAAGGAACCAAAAUAUUCUGGUGUGGGAAAAUAUACAGGGGAUAUUUCAAAGAUGGCAACAAUAAAGAACAUAUUUGAAUAUGAUCAUAGAAUGUGCCAUUAGUUCUCCAUGUCAUAAACAUUGUACUUUUUAAAAAACUGUCUCUUAUAAUCUCACCUGAAUGUGACAAGAAAAUUUUCAGAAGUUGCUAAAUGCAUAUGUGCAUAUCCUGAUUGACUAACUUGGAGAAAGAGUCAGAAAAGGUGUCUUGAUUCUGUCUGAGAAUAAGGGACGAUGCUGGAAGCUAGAAGAUGUCUCUGCACCUGUAGCUCCAAGCCAGCCCAUAUAGUCCAUUAUGCAAUUUCAGCAUCUCUCCAGCAUGGCAGCUCUGUAAGAAAAUGUGCACAGAACAUCAGAUGCACAAUGUGCAGGCAGAGGGAGGGAGGCACAUUGAACUGAUGGGCCAAAACAGAUGCCUGAAAACACAGCAGAAAAUUGCUCUGACAUAUUGGCUUUCACUUCUGAGUCAUGGAGGGAAAUAUAAUCACAUGUUCAAUUGCAAAGCAGAGUGCAGAACAACAUCAGAAAAACAAUAAUGUUCAAAAUUACUGAGUAAAAUAAACACUAAGUGUUUAUGUGGGGUACACUGGAGGAGACAUAGGAGUACCUACCUAAGAGCAACAGGGUCUGUCAGUAUCAAAUGGAAGAUGUUGACACUUAAAUGUCCAUAGACCUUGCCCUGCAAACCAUAACCCUGCAAACCCCCUGAAAGUUAUCAGGAUCACUAAGUGUCAAAGAUCUGGUUCUUCAUUCCUGUACAUGGAAUUCCUCUCUGAUUUAGUGGCAGUUUUCUCUGAUGCAAGUAAUUUGAGACUGUAUGUGUAUAAAUGAUAGACAUGGUGCAUCUAUGCCAAGAGACUCUUGCUUAGUUGCAACAAAACAACCUACAAGAUAACACAUUUGCAAGAAUAGUCCUGUGUAAGUAUAAUAAACAAUGCACGCCUGAAAUAGGAAUCCUAACAUCAGUCUGUCGUUCACACCAAUGCGCAUUGCAAUCAGGCAAUUUUCUGAUGUAAACUAAAUUCCAUAGGUGCAUGAGACCUUAAAAGAUUUCACAGCUUGCUUGUUGUAUUCUUCAAAUAGCGAAAAUCUUUAUGUUGGUUAUAAUACUCAUUGAAGAGAACUUUAAAGUAUUUUCUAAAUAAUAUUUACAACACCUGGACCUGCAAAGAGUACAAUAAACUGCCAAGAGUUAGCAUGAAGAAAAAAAACCCAAAAGUCUGGAUAUUAAUUUCAGCAUUUAUUACACUAGAAUCAAGUUAACUUAAACUACUUAAGAUGUUGCACAAGACAUAGAUUCAAUUGUAGUAAGUACAUUAAUCUCACUAUCUGAUACACUAACACUUCAUAGUCAUACAUUUAUUAUGGGUAGGGUAAUCCUCUCACUAAAUUACAGAAUGUGCUAGAGGGCAAGUUGAUGAAAAGAUGACACAUCACCAUAAAGCUUGUACAAAGCAUAUAAGCAUAUUAAUGAAAUCAGUGCUGCUGAUAUCACCACAAAAGUAACAUUUACCUCAGUUAAAUUUGAAUCUAUUUUAUAGUCAAAAUUUAAAUUAUGGUUAUAUGCAGAAUUUUGAACUUUUACCAUGUGCCAUCUUUAAUUUUUUUUAGCAAUUAAAGGGAAAAUAAGCCUUUACGGAAUACAGCAGUGGUAACUUUGUAAAAUUUUGGAUUUAAUAUCUAAGAUAGUAAUAUCAUUUGUCUUCUUUUCUCAUCAAUCACAGUAAAAUCAGCCAACUUUGUAACUCUAAAUGUACAUAGUAAAGCAAGUUAAAAAAUUCUCUAUCCUAAUCUUUAUUGAAGUCUUAUUUUGAUCAUAAAAAUCCCUUCAACUCACAUUUUCCAGUUCCCACUAAUCUAAGUGUCUUGUGAAUGGCAGAUAAGUUUUUAAUGUGUGAGAUGGAAAUCAUAUAGAAAUUUUAUUUUAAAAUAGAAAAUGAAAGCCAUUUCAGAAUGGCUUUCAGAAAAAGUAUAGUUCAGAAAAAUGUAGUUUCAAACACUUUACAAUUAAAUCCAAUGUGUCUAACAUUUGAAUAUGAAAUAUAAUUAGUAUUUUCCUGUUUAAAACAACAAUUAUAUUAUUUAACUUUCAUUUAACAGAUGUGAUAAUUAUUAAACUAAUAAUAUAGAUAUGUUGCUCUUGUAUUUCUGCCCUUCUAAAGCUGUGCCUUAAAUAAAGUGCUGCAUUUUGUUUGCUUAGGCCAAUGUAAUGCAAGUAUUCUUCAUAUAUUACUUGUAGUAUUUUGACCAUAUUUGUGAGUUCCUGCAAUAAACCUGUGAGAAGCACUACAAUAACUAUAAAGCAAGUGAUCUUUCUCUGUGUUACAUUAACUUCCUUCAUUAUAGGGAGCCAAAAGAGCUAGAAAUUUGAACUAGAAAUUGUCAUUUUUCUUGCCUCUAUUUGGCAUUUUCAAGGCUAUGUCUGCAUGUGAUGGCAUGCCACCACUUCCCCCAUUCCCGCUUGAGCAAGGGCCACCCAUGAGGUUUGUAGUGCAUCUGACUGAUGGAUGCAACUGUUCAGGGCCAUAACUCUUGCUCAGCAGCCAAGGGCCAUAAUUCUUGUUCAACAUUCAGUAGACACUAAAUGUCUCUAAAGUCUAAACAAAUUAUUACGAUCUCACAUAGUUAUAAUUACAAUACUGCUAAAACUUGUAAGCAAUCCAAAUUAUGCAAUUUCAGUUGAGGAUCUUAAGUAACACAACAUCUCAAUAGAAGGACUCAUUUAUGCCUUUUCCUUGGUGUUAAAUGUUCACCUUGCACUCACAAUCUGAUGUCAAGGGCUCUUUUUCUUAGAUAGGAUGAUGUGGUCAGGGUGCCAUCACAGUAAAUACAAUACUUGUGUAUCUUGUAGUUCUCAGCUGGUUCAAACAGAAGAACACUCUCCCUUGAGUAUUGCUACUUUUAUAUAUACAUAGUAUUAAUUUUAAAGAUGCAUAUAAUCAGAUAUUAUAU